AUGCCACCACGCACGGCAGUCUUUAGAUCACAGGGUUCUCAAGAUGGUGAAGAUGUUAAAAAUGUUAAAACCACCGGUUUUGAGAUGUUCAAAACACUCAAGUAUUUUAGGUACAAAACGAUUCUCUUUUUAACAUUUUUAUUCUCAAUGUUAAUGGGUGCAAUUACAGUCGUUAUGAUGAUUUACAUGGGUGACUUAACCUCCUCAUUCGGUUCUGAUCCAACAAAAACAAUCCCAGAAUUAAUGACCCCAUUCAUUCUUAAGAUGACAUGGUGGAAUAUUGCACAAGUCGUUGUUAUGGCUAUAGCUAUGGCCUUCAGAUCUUUCGCUACACCAACUAUCAAUCUCGAUCUUAGAAGAGCACUUUUCACUUCUUUAAUGAAUCAACCAAUCGAAUACUUCGACAAGACAUCUGCUGGUGUUUUAGUCAGCCGUCUUUCAGAAGAUGUUACAUUAGUCCGUGAAACAUACAUCGAUAAGACAUGCACAGUUCUCCAAGGUCUCACACAAGCAGUCAUGGGUGUUAUCAUGGCUUUCGUUAACUCUGCUCUUGUUUCAUUAAUCAUUUUAGUUGCUAUUCCAAUCAUUUUGAUCACAUUCUGGCUCGGUGAAACAUUUGUCGAUAGCUAA